CAAACAACAGGUGGCGAUGUCGGUCCUACACGAAGACUAAUGAAAGUGAAGAUGCUCUCCAGUCUUCUGAGGCAGCAGGCAUAAGACUUGUCUUGCCGGUCCAGACUCAGUCAUUCUGGUCCAGAUUCGAUACUCUCGUUGAUCGUACCCAAUCUUCCUGUUCCAGACCCAGUACUACUGUUCCGAAAGUCCGCCUUGUGGUUUUGUCAGCCGUCUGGACAACCGAGUGGAGCAUCUUCGUGUUCUUUGACACAAUCUUUGCCCCGGCACUUUUCCAGAAUGGCCGGUAACGCGUGGAGGUCAAUGUUGUCCCAGGUGGUGGUCGGUGCCACAAAGCGACCCUUUUUAUCGUCUUUGUCUUCCAGGGGAAUGCACACGGUCACGCUGAUACCUGGCGAUGGCAUCGGACCUGAGAUCUCCAGCGCAGUAAUGAAGAUCUUUGAGGCCGCAAAAGCUCCAAUCCAAUGGGAGGAGAGGAAUGUGACGGCCAUCAAAGGUCCCGGUGGCAGGUGGAUGAUCCCCCCCGAUGCCAAAGAGUCGAUGGACCGCAGCAAGAUUGGACUGAAAGGACCUCUGAAGACGCCCAUCGCCGCUGGUCACCCUUCCAUGAACCUGCUGCUCAGGAAGACCUUUGACCUUUACGCCAACGUCAGGCCGUGUGUCUCCAUCGAAGGCUACAAGACGCCGUACACCGACGUCAACCUGGUCACCAUCCGCGAGAACACGGAGGGCGAGUACAGCGGCAUCGAACACGUGAUUGUGGACGGUGUCGUUCAGAGCAUCAAACUGAUUACAGAAGACGCCAGCAGACGCAUCGCCGAGUACGCCUUCGAAUACGCCAGAAACAACCAAAGAAACAGCGUCACCGCCGUCCACAAGGCCAACAUCAUGCGGAUGUCCGACGGGCUCUUCCUGAGGAAAUGCCGCGAGGUGGCGGAGAACUACAAAGACGUGAAGUUCACAGAGAUGUACCUGGACACCGUGUGCCUCAACAUGGUUCAGGACCCGACGCAGUUUGACGUCCUGGUGAUGCCCAACUUGUACGGAGACAUCCUCAGCGACCUUUGUGCCGGCCUCAUCGGUGGACUCGGGGUCACACCCAGCGGGAACAUCGGCGCCAAUGGCGUGGCCAUCUUUGAAUCUGUCCAUGGCACGGCCCCCGACAUCGCCGGUCUGGACCUCGCCAACCCCACUGCCUUGCUGCUCAGCGCCGUCAUGAUGCUGCGUCACAUGGGCCUUCACGGGCACGGCCACAAGAUACAGACGGCGUGCUUCGACACCAUCAGAGACAAGAAGGUGCUGACCAAGGACUUGGGAGGAAAUUCCAAAUGUUCAGAGUUCACGGCUGAAAUCUGUCGUCGCGUUCAGGAUCUGGAUUGAUACGGUGGCGACAACGGCAACGUGCCUGCUAACUCCACCCCCCCGCCCCCUCUGAGGGGCUCAGGGCUUCGCCGAGCUCAGACGCUCACAGCAAACAUGACUGAUGCUAAGGAGGAGGAGCUUAGCAGUUUUCUAACGGUCACUAACGAACUUAUUUAUUGUUUCCUCUGGCCAUGUCAUCACGCCUUGGCUCCAUUAAAAGGCCUUUUCUCCCUCAA